GCCACCUAGUGCCAGUUCGAAAACACACCAACACUGGAAUCAUUACUUUCAUAUUUUUGACUUGACUUGAAUUAACAUCUCCAACUCAUUCCCGCCUAGUAUGUUGUUUCUGAAGGACAAGCGUUCCACCCUGGACGUGGCAGAGCACACAGUGAUCAUACCGAGCAUUUGCGUGGGAAACGCGGCGCAGCUGGCCUGCGACCUGUUGAUCGCGUCCAAGGAACUCCACCGAAUUGGUUCCAUCACACAUCCAGCUUUGAUUCCGGUCUACGGACCCUCCGCCUAUCAGCACGAGCCCAAAGAGAAGGUCUCCUCAUGCGAACUGUACGAGGGCGUGGAGGACAAACUACUUGUGGUGCAAUUCCGGGCGCCGUGGGUUGCCCGCCACACCAAUCAUUUCCAGAAGGAACUGGUGGAGCUCCUCAAGGACGCCCGACGUGUAGUCAUCCUAAGCGGCAGUUUCGGCUUCGAGAAACGGGUGAUUGAGGAGUCCCCAUGGGCUUACCGCGCUAGCGACAAUUUCAAGGAGAAGCACGCUGCCCAGCUGGGCAACGAGGAGCUCAUCAAGUGGAAGGAGCACAAAGGCGAUGCCAUCUACGGCGGCGGCAAUGCCCUGCAGCUGUUCAAAGCCUUCGAUGAGCAGAAGGUGCCCGUCAUGCUGUUAUUCCGCUAUCUCCUCGAGGGCGACAACUCCACAGACGCUUCUCUGAUCGUCCGGGAACUUAACGAACUUUGCGAAGACUUCCUUCAGCUGCGAAACGGAGGCGAUGGCAGUUUUAAACUCACAGUGCCCAAGUCCUGGAACCUACUUUUCGGCAAUGAUGUUACCGAACUUCUCUUUUAAGCGUCUACAUAUAUUUUUCGGUGCUUUCAAAUAAAUGUUAAUCUUUUGGUGUAGGAUAAAAGAGA